CCUCACCCACCUAGAUCCAAGGGCCCUCACCCACUUAGAUCCAAGGGCCCUCACCUACUUAGAUCAAAGAGCCCUCACUCACUUAGAUUAAAGGGCCCUCACUCACUUAGAUCAAAGGGCCCCCACCCACUUAGAUCCAAGGGCCCUAACGCACAUAAAUCCAAGGGCCCUAACUCACUUAAAUCCAAGGGCCCUAACUCA